AUGGGUAGCAUCGCCUUGGAGGAAGCCCAAACCUCCUUCAAGACACCAUGGGUGCAAACCCCCCUGGUGGAAUCUGCCUCCCUUUCUCGUGCCGCGGGAUGUAGGAUAUUCCUGAAGCUGGAGAACGUCCAGCCCAGCGGUUCAUUCAAGUCCCGGGCCAUGGGCAAUCAGAUCCUGUCACACCUCAUCAAGCCAGAAAACGCCAACCGACCCGUCCACUUCUACGCCUCCUCAGGCGGAAAUGCCGGCCUUGCUGCCGUCUGCGCAGCCCGCAGCCUGGGAUAUCCCUGCACGGUGGUCGUGCCCCUAUCGACGAAGCCCCUGAUGGUGCAGAAGCUACGGCUGGCCGGCGCCGCGGACGUAAUCCAGCACGGAGACACGUUCCUAGCAGCCGGCGAGUACAUGCGGGAAGUGAUCAUGAAGAACAAGGACGACAACGAGAGCGAAGACGUGGCCAAGAUUGCUCUACACCCGUUCGAUAACGAGCCCAUCUGGGAAGGAAACAGUACUCUCAUUGACGAGCUGGCCACCCAGCUCCCUGCCCCCGCCGGUGAGACGAGGAAGCCACCCACCGUGGCCGCCCACUCCCCGUGGACGCCAUCAUCUGCAGCGUGGGCGGCGGCGGCCUGCUGA